AUGCACACCCAGCCUGAGAAGUUACAACCUAUUAGAGAAGCCAGUAGUGAAGCCUCAACAUCAGGUGGUACAUCACAGAGAACUGAAACGCAACAGUCAAGUGUUCAGCCAUCUGGUUACUCAACAUCAUCUGAUACAUACAGCAGAGAACCAGAAAAGAUGCCAACUUAUCAACUGCAAUCACAUGGCAGCCAAGAUGCUCAAAAAACUAGAGUAAAGCCAGUACCCUCUAAAAGAAGUCCACGGGUUUCCCAGAAAACAUCACCCCCAGGUCAAGGAGGUCACUCAGCCUACAAGAAUGGUUAUCACGUCUGAAAGUGAUGAAGAUGACACAAAACCAUCUGAGGAGGAAAUCAGAAAAGCUGAGAUUGCGGCAAUAAAAGAAACUCCUCCCCCUCCUCCACCUGAGUUCACCGACCAAGAGGAAAGCAUUUUAAGUUUUUCAGAAGAUGUGUCAGAUUUUGAUAUCAGUGCACAUCUUCCUGGAACAGACAUAAACGAAACGUUCAAAUUGGAAGAGAAAAUCUCCUCUCCAAGAAGAGCUAGUGGUACUGAUCUUAGUAAUGCUUAUCUACCGAGGGAUGAACCACCAAGACAGCCUUCACCAAGGGUAGUGUCAAAGAUCCCUCUGACGAGGGAACCGUCAAGAAGUAACAGUGUUACUAGUGAUACCACAGGGCCAUCUGUGACAAGCCAUGGAUUCUGGGUACUGGUUAAAGCUGUUGAAGAUGACUUGAGGGAAUGUCUGAGUCCACACAAGAUUUACAGAUCACAGAAAUGUUCACCGACAAUAAAAACUGAAAUAGUCAAGUCAGCCAAUGAAGGUCAUACUUUGGAGCACAUUGACCCGGCUGCUGUUAGUAUGGUUAUGUUAAAUGAACUACCGUUGCUAAUACAUGAUAUAGAACAUCAAAGACUUCUUCUAGAAGAACAACUGAAUGCCUACCUCAGAUCUAAUGACAGACUAUCCAAAUUGAAAGCAUCCAAGCUGCAGAGUUACUGGAAAAAAAUCUGUGAGGAUGAAAGAAAAUCCAGAGUUCGCAAUGAGCAGCUUUUGCGAGACUUCAGUCGACUUGAAUCCUACAUUACCGCAAUGUCCAAGAAAACAGAUAGACUCAGGACACUGAAGAAUGAUUAUGAAGCCCAUAUAGAACGAUUAUAUCCUAAAUGGAAGGAAACACUAGAACAGCAGUACAUGUUCAACCAUGUGAGUAUAAAGUUUACAUAUGCCAGCUGA